AUGGGAUCUAGAUGGAAAGGCGCCGUGGUGCAAAAGAUGCGGUGGCUAGAAGAGGCUGUUGCAAAGAUUGCUGCCAAAGUUGACAUGCCCGAGUUACAAGCUUCGCAAGCUGCUCCUGAAAUACAAGAUGAUUCUUCGAGUCCACCGGCUGAAGUUAUUAAUAAAGAAGUCAUCACGGGGGGAAUCUCUACCUCAAGUCAAUCAUCUCAGUCAAAAGAGAACUAUGAGCCGCCGCAGACAUGGGAAGUCAUAAUGGAUCCUCGGGGCGGCCCAGCUUCCAUCCCGGCCUCUUGCGUCUCAGAAAAUGGGAAGGCAGGUCUACCAAACAAUUUGUCAACUGCCCGUCGGCCAGAUCUGAUAUCCACUGGACUUAUCUCGUUACGCCAAGCCGUUGCAUUGUUCGAAACAUAUCAUCUCAGACUUGAUCAUUUCCUCUAUCGCAUUCUUGGCGACCAUAUUAGUUUGGACUCGGUUCGAAUCACAUCCCCACUGUUAACGACAGCUAUUUGUACCGUGGCUGCUUUGCAUUCUCACUCACUCGGCCAUCUCUUUGAAACCUGCUACGGUGAAUAUAAGAACCUUAUCGCAGCACAAACUUUCUCAAGACAUGUGAAUGAGGAUGACAUCCGCGGCCUGUGUAUUGGUGCGUUUUGGUUGCAUGAACUUUCUUGGGCGUUGAUUGGAAAUGGUAGGUGGCUGCAAUCUUUUGACGAAGCAAAGCUAACAAAACUAGCUGUCCGCAUUGCAUCGGACAUUAAUCUUUAUAGUGGCAUCUACAAGGCCCUCAAAGGAGAUCGCGAUGGCUAUCUUCAAGCUCGACUAUACUAUCUCGUCUAUGUAUGCGACCACCACUUCUCGAUCGCCUACGGUCGACCCCCGAUGUCCAGAGAAGGGUUUAUAAUCGAGUCGGCUAGUCGAUUAUUAGAAACUGAACACGCCACAGAGGACGAUGCUCGAUUAAUCAGCCAGGUCAAGGAAUGGUCAAUCCUAGGUCGAGUCUUUGACACUUUCGGUGUUGACGUUGAUACUCCUAUUGCGCCUCAGACAUUGCCUCAACUACGCCGAUACUCUAUUUCUUUGGACACGUGGUUUGCAGACUGGAGCGAGAGCUUCAAAGAGAAUCAGAAUGUCGGUAAUUAUCCGCAAAAGGGUGUUGGUUUCCACUUCCAUUUUGCAAAGCUGUACCUUUGCUCGCACGCCUUUCGUGGUGUACCGACAUCAGAGAAUUCACCCCAAUACAUGUCACCUGAAUUGGAGGAGAUCGCCAAUUCCGGUGUAUUGUCAGCUAUGUCAAUCCUUCGGAUGAUUGUCUGUGAUGCCGAAUUUCGAUCGUUCAUGAAUGGGCUUCCUUUAUAUUUUGACACUAUGCUCGCUUUCGCCGUUGUUUUUCUCCUCAAGGUUGCAACGAAGUAUGCAUUCAUGAUCAGAAUUGAUACGGGCAAGAUCCUUUCCCUGGUCACCGACACUGUGGCUGCCCUUCGAGAUAUCACCCAACCUAUGCACAAACACCAUCUCCUUGUUAUCAUUAGCGAGGGAUUGGAACUUCUGUUGGGUAGAUGUCAGAUGGCCACUCACACAGUCCACGAAACAAUGUAUCACCCUUCUCCUGCCCAGGAACAGCUCCCUGUCUUUGAUGCAACUUGGAUGGAAAAUAUGGCAAGCUUUGAUUUUCAAAGUAACUUCCCCGAUAUUGAUGACUGGUGGCUACAUUAUAAUAUAUCGAUGGGCCCCCCUCUUUGUCCAGAGGCAUCAAGAUAG